AUGGGGCUGUUCUCAUCCAAAACCCUCAUCAAGGCCCAUGCCUUGUUUUUGUUUGUGAUGGCCGUGUACCUGACCAAAUCCCCCGAGGUCAUCACCGAUUCGGAUGUGGUUUUUAUGGUGGGCGAGGUUCUGCAGAUAGAUGCAUCCCCUCCCUUUGCCCGCCCUCAAUCUCCCUUUGCAAUGUGCGGCAUCCUCCUUAUCGCGGACGCCCUCGUCGACCUCAUCAUCGUGACCAAGGUACCCCAACUCAACGAGAUUCUCGCCAUAGCCGAAGUAUCUAGACGUGCAUCCUCUAUCCCUGUGGCGGGUGCCAUGCGCUUGAACCCGUUCAUGGCGCGUCUCGCGAGUCUCUACUCGGAGAUUUGGACGCUGCUCUCCGCGUCGCGCUUCUGUCUUUUCUUUGCCGUGUCGUUUUUCAUCUACCAGAGUAAACCGGGUGUUUGGGGUAUUGGCACAUCGUCAUUUGGUGGGGACGAGGCUAUUUCAGCAUUGGAUCAUUUGAAGAACCGGGUGGUUUUUACAUAUGGGUUUAUGGAAAUGAUGUUCUGGCUUUGGGUGUGUUAUUCUCUUGCCCUUUGGAAUUUGGGUUGCUGA